CCUACAAAAUGGUACUUUAAAUUCGCUGUUAACAAAGACUUUUUUACUACUUUGUAACUCUACAGGGAAACAACUGGCGAGAAACUUCAAAUAAAUGGAACGCUGAGUUAUUUGUAUUCCAAUAACGUUAGAAGACACGAUUCACAUUGUGUUAUGCAUGAUGAUACUAAAUUCGUAAAUAUUUUCAAUCAUAAUAGAAGGAAUUUACCAUCAAACGAUCUAACCCUAAUGUGAGACAUGUGGAUUACAAAGCUACCCGAAACAGAAGAAAAAGUGCAGACAUUAACAACAUUCUGUAAAGUAUUUCAGGACAUGCAUGCAAUGUAUAGAAAACCCGAGCAAUCCGAUCUGAUCAUAGUCUGCGAAGAUUUGGAAAUUCCUGUCCACAAAUGUGUUCUUUCUGCCAGAUCUCCAGUGUUUGCACAUAUGUUUCGAAACGUUACCAAUGAAAGCACUGCAGAGAAUCGAAUUCUCAUUACAGAUGUCGAACCCUGUGUUUUAGAGAAGCUGCUGCAGUUUCUGUGUAGCGGCUGGAUAAACCUGUCUUCCUAUUCAGUGGCUUGUGAUCUGUAUUAUGCAAGUGUUAAGUAUUCCGUAUUGGAACUUAAAGAUAUCUGUCGGGAGUUUAUUAAUUCGUCGUUAUCUGCUUCAAUAGUUACUAAGACAUUAAGUUUAGCCAAAAAGCAUGAAAAUCAGAAAAUGUUGGAAAAAGCUCUGAUUUUCGUUAAUUCUGAGUUUGAAGACAUAGAAUCUACCGAAGCAUGGACUGUUAUUUCGGAGGAAAAUCAGAAUUUGGAAAGAGAGAUUCUGUGUUCUAUAAUCAAAAUGCGUUCUAAAAAUCAUAAGUAACCUUUACUAUAUUUCUGCUUUACAGAAUAAUUUUUAGAUUUUUCACUUGAACGAAAAAUAAUAAUUUAGUUGCCAUAAUGUAUAUUGAUGAAAG